AUGCCUCCUCCCUCCACGGCCUCCCCACUCAGCGAGUGCAAUGAGUGUUUGCUGAUCAUGAUCGCCCUUGCUGUUGUUGCGGGCGUGUUCAUGGUGAUCUCGGCCAUCCUCUGUGACCGGCUCUUCCACGGGUCCAUGCCCUCAAAGACAAGGAGCAUGCCGUCGGUCUGGAGGCAGGGUGGGACAUUGUGGAUUGAGCCAACCCAGAACCACAAAGAGCCAGAUGUCCUCUCCAGGCCGUCAGAAACGGUCCCGCUUUGGAUCCAGCGCUCUAACGACUGGUUUAUGGAUGCUGCUGCAGCAGAACUAGGGAGCUGUGAUUCCUCCAGGGACCUCCAGAGGGAGACAUCCAGCCCAAGCAGCACUUCCCCUCUCUGGGGCCAUGAUGAACCACCGUGGGGAGUCCAACCACGAGUAACCCUGCAGGAUCUACAGGGGUUUUUCCGGCACGGUAGCCGGCAUUCCUAG